AAAAGAACCAUAUGACGCAACUAAAUCCAAGACCAGCAACUGAGCAUCUUAGCAGUAGAGGCACUCAACAGGGGCAAGAAGCGUAUCGCGUCCCUUCAGAAAAAAAAUGCAUAGCAAGAACAACUUCUAUCGCCAAACCAUACCCCCAAGCACUGGAUAACUAA